UGUUUCACUCUGUUUUUGUUUUGUUUUACCCUCACAACAUGUCUGUAAUACUUGGCCAAGCUUACGACCAUCUUCUCAAGAAGCAGAUAAGCCAAAACGCUGACGUGGGUGGAUGGAGUUUCCUGCAAUCUCUCUGUGAAGCCAAAGGCAUUGUCCGAAACAGAGAAGACCAAACAAAGAAAACGUCUUACGUCCACCCAACUGAUCAGAAGCUGUCCGUAGCUAAACUGAGCCUCGAGAUGUGCACAGAGAGUCUCGGUACCGAGAGUGGGAGUGAAACUGGAGACGAGAUCUCGUUGCUUGCGCUGGAAGCAACCAAUAUACCAAUGCUUCCUGUUAAGAGAACACCACGAGAAGAAACUUACCCUAAAGUACGUGAAAACAGUUUCCCCCCGCCGUUAAAAUCCGUGAAAGGGUUUAACCAUAGCCGCAUGGUGAAAUCUUAUACAGAAGAUGGUCGUCUUGUAGUUCAAGCAAUUAGGGUUUGCUCACCGCCUCGUUGCUUUGUAACUAAACGUUGUGAAGGAAGGCUUCGUCUCUGUUUGUCAGAUAAUGAAUCCGAAUUUGAAGCUCAUGACGAAGAUGAAGACAACGAGAAUGGACCAGAAGAUGAUGCAGAGGAGGAGGACGAGGGUAAAAUCGGAAAUAACAAAUUUAGAAGGCCAAGAAGGAGAAGCAAUGAAAAUGGAUGCGAGCCUAAAACCAUGCAUGACUGGCAGCAGCAACAAUUUUGGGUGAUUACAUGAUGGGAAACUCAAGUCGGCAAUUUUUAUAUACAAUACAAUAAGAGCCAUACAAUAAUUACAUAUAUAUAUACCUUUGAUUUAGUAUGGCUUAUGAGU